AUGACUCGACUGGGGGACAUCUACGAUGAGGUCCUGGCCACGGUCGAUCUAAGCUAUGCCACGAUUCUCGAUAUCGGGGCGGAUACCGGCUUGUUUGGCCGCGCCCUGCUCCAAAAGCUCCAAUUGACUCCCCCGUCCGAGCUCUCCUCAACCAUCACCACCAACGACCCCUCCUCCUCUCACAGAAACUUGCCCUCUCCGUCACCGCCAUCGAGGUGUCAUAAGACAUGGUCGAUGAAUGCCGUAGCAUAG